UGUGUCUCCAUUGCCAUUGUAACCUUGAGCAAGCUCUCCUUCCAACCAGGGGCACUUCCAUUUCUCACAAAAAGGAAUCUAUUUUCUUCUAAUGUCUCCCUCCACCAGGCCAUCCCAUGCCGGAGGAUCCCGUGUCGUGCCAGUGCGCCCUCCGGGUCCUUCUUCGCCAGGGACAACACAGCUAACUUCCUGACCUGGUGUCGUCAGGUGGGGGUGGGAGAGACCUGCCUGUUUGAGUCUGAGGGACUGGUUCUUCACAAACAGCCACGGGAAGUAUGCCUCUGUCUCCUACAACUAGGAAGGAUAGCAUCUCGGUACAAUGUGGAGCCUCCGGGGCUUAUCAAGCUGGAGAAGGAGAUAGAACAGGAGGAGAAAGUACCUCUACCACCCUCACCUGUCUCUCCCUCCCCAUCCCUCUCUCCCUCCCCCUCUCCAAACCCCCCAACCCCCUCUGCAACCCCCUCUCCAACCCCCUCUCCAACCAAGUGCUUGUCAUCUAGCAAGAAGAGCACAGGGAAGCUGCUGGAUGAUGCUGUGAAGCAUAUCUUUGAGGACCCUCCCUGCAAGUGUCCCAAUAAGUUCUGUGUGGAGAGACAGGCUCAGGGCCGCUAUCGCGUCGGAGAGAAGAUGCUCUUCAUCCGGAUGCUACACAACAAGCAUGUGAUGGUGCGUGUGGGAGGAGGCUGGGAGACCUUUGAGAGCUACCUGUUGAAACACGACCCAUGUCGGAUGCUCCAGAUCUCCAGAGUGGAGGGGAAGACCUUUCCCAUGUCCCCCAAGUCACCCAACACCAAGGACCUCACCCCAGACAGCUACUUGGUGGUGGCCGCACACUACCGCAGCAAGAAGUAAAGAUGGCCGCCUACUACCACAACAAGAAGUAAAGAUGGCCGCCUACUACCGCAGCAAGAAGUAAAGAUGGCCGCCUACUACCACAACAAGAAGUUAAGAUGGCCACCUACUACCGCAGCAAGAAGUCAACUGGCGCUUCAACCAAGGGGAUCAGUUUGAGCAAGGCGAGGAUGGUGAUGGCCUACUACCGCAACAAGAAGUAAAGAUGGCCGCCUACUACCACAACAAGAAGUAAAGAUGGCCGCCUACUACCGCAACAAGAAGUAAAGAUGGCCGCCUACUACCGCAACAAGAAGUAAAGAAGGCCGCCUACUACCACAACAAGAAGUAAAGAUGGCCGCCUACUACCGCAACAAGAAGUAAAGAUGGCCGCCUACUACCACAACAAGAAGUAAAGACAUUCAUGAGGACCUGAGGAAAUGACCUCUUGCCUUUCCCAACUAGCAAAACUGAUUGAAAUGACAGUGACACAGGGCAAAGCCAGCUGACACUGUCAUUCCAACCAGAUUCCAACCAGUUGCUUGUACAGUAUGUCUUCUAGUUGAUGUAAGCCACAGCCGGCCCACCUGAGCUACAGAACAGACAGUGGCCAGCAGGUAUAUAUCUCCUGUCCUAGCGGUCACGGCAAACUAGCGUCACGGUGACGGUUUGAUUUGGAUUUCUAGCCUUUGAGAAUAAUCUAUGCAAUCAUUUUGACAGUCAUUUUUAGUCGGGGAUUGAGGCUGGUAUAUUUGGUUCUAAAAGCAUGUUUUCUAAUGUUACCUUGUGUGUAUUUUGUUUGACUUUUGUCAUUCAUUCAUUUAAUAGUGUGAAAGUAUAGUAUGACUUCUGUAAUAACUGAUAUAUUCUGAAUAGUGAUUGGAUACUGGUAAAGCUGAAUCUGGACAUGUUCCACCAAUCAUGUUCCUCCUACGGUUCCACCAAUCAUGUUCCUCCUACGGUUCCACCAAUCAUGUUCCUCCUACGGUUCCACCAAUCAUGUUCUUCCUACGGUUCUACUAAUCAUGUUCCUCCUACGGUUCCACCAAUCAUGGGGUUUCUCCUUUCCUUGUUUUCUAAAUAUGUGUUUAUUAUGGUGCUGAUUAUGGAUUUCUCUGUAAUGUCUGUUAUGAGUGAUUCUCUUUUUUUCACGAGCUAGUUCUGCUCUCCUGUUUUGAAGUUAAAAGCUUUUGAUCAUUUGUUAAGGAACGCUAUUAACAUCAUUAUUGUGAGAAGAUUAUUUCCGAGGAUUAAAGAGACAAUCAAAUGUA